AUGGCUGCAGCUGGCUGUCCUGUGGCUGAGCUGGACGGCACCCCCACUGAGCCCCGCAACUACGACGAGGUCGCCUCCCGCACUAAGUUCAACUGGCUGGCCAGGUACUUCCCUGUGGACAGCUCCUACACCGGCGAGCCCCUCUCCUACACGCUCUCCGACACCCUGCAGGCGAGCGGGCACCAGGGGAGGUUCAUACCGUUGGAGGGUUACUACGAGGUGUCGACCGUCGUCAGCGUGAUGACCGCCUACCCCCUGCUGACGAGCCUGGCGGGCCUCACCCAGAUCACCCAGGACGACGCCAGCGGCGAGGGCGUCAAGGGCCUGUGGGAGGCGGCUUCCCGCCAGGUCCACACUAAGGUCCUGGUCGGCGUCCAGAAGGGCUCCACCCCCACCACCCUCAGCGCGAUCAGCAGCUCCAGCCACGUGCCCGGCCAGGCCGUGCUCGCCGGCCAGAACGUGGUCCUCACCUGGCAGUUCCGCGGCGUCGGCAGCGCGACCUGCACCCACGACGGCCAGGUCGUGUCCAACGCGGAGGACGGCAAGUGCGUGUCGCCGCUGGCCAUCCAGGCGCGCGACGUCGCCAGCACCGACACCAAGCACGGCGUGGUAGUCACCUUCAGCGACGUCUGCGGCGGCCUGAAGACCGCCGAGUUUGAGUACACCCAGUCGGGCGUGCGGCCGCUGACCGCCACCGAGAUCGUCAACCCCGACGGCACCGUCCAGAAGAUCGUCGACUCCUCCGGCGGCGUGGGCGCCAACGGCGUCGGCGGCGUCCCCGGCUCCAUCAUCGGCAGGGACGGGUCCAUCAUCACGCCUGAGGCUGGUGAGGCGAAGGCCACCAACGGGACGGCCGCGACCGGCGCUGCGGGCGGCCGCGCGGCCGGCGCGACCGCGCUGGCGGGCGCGGCUGCCCUCGCGGCCGCCCUGCUGCUGUGA